AUGGCAGGCGGCGGUGGUAAUAUCAAGGUGGUGGUGAGGGUGCGGCCCUUCAACGGGAGAGAAAUCGACCGAGGCGCAAAAUGUAUCGUCGAAAUGAAGGGCGACCAGACCGUCCUCACACCGCCUCCCGAUUCGCCCGCCGCGAAAGGCGGCAAAGACCACGGCCAGAAGGUGUUCGCCUUUGAUCGGUCGUACUGGUCUUUCAACAAGGACGACUCAAACUAUGCCGGGCAGGAGAACCUCCACGACGAUCUGGGCAAGCCAUUGCUCACCAACGCCUUUGCGGGUUACAACAACUGUAUCUUUGCGUACGGCCAGACCGGUUCGGGGAAAUCGUACUCGAUGAUGGGCUAUGGCAAGGAACACGGCAUCAUCCCUAAGAUCUGUCAGGACAUGUUCGAGAGGAUCAAGGAUAUACAGGCGGCGGACCCCAACACACGGUGUACGGUCGAGGUGUCGUACCUGGAAAUCUACAACGAGAGGGUCAAGGACCUGUUGAACCCAGGCACCAAGGGGAACCUCAAAGUCCGCGAGCACCCGUCGACCGGCCCCUACGUCGAGGAUCUCGCCAAGCUCGUGGUCGGCAGCUUCGAGGAGAUCGAGAACCUCAUGGACGAGGGCAACAAGGCCCGGACGGUCGCCGCCACUAACAUGAAUGCGACAUCCAGCCGAAGUCACGCCGUCUUUACCCUGAUGCUUACCCAGAAGAAACUCGACACCGAGACCAAGAUGGAGGCGGAAAAAGUGGCCAAGAUCAGCCUCGUCGAUCUGGCUGGUUCCGAGAGGGCGACGUCCACCGGGGCCACGGGUGCUCGUCUCAAAGAAGGUGCCGAGAUCAACAGGUCGCUGUCGACGCUCGGCCGUGUGAUUGCUGCCCUGGCCGAUCUCUCCACCGGCAAGAAGAAGAAGGGCGCAGCUGCGCAGGUGCCAUAUCGAGAUUCGGUACUCACAUGGCUGCUGAAGGACUCGCUUGGCGGCAACAGUAUGACUGCCAUGAUCGCAGCCAUCAGUCCUGCUGACAUCAACUAUGACGAGACUCUCAGCACGCUCCGGUACGCCGACUCGGCCAAGCGCAUCAAGAACCACGCCGUUGUCAACGAGGACGCCAACGCCCGCAUGAUCAGGGAGCUCAAGGAGGAGCUGGCGCUGCUGCGGAGCAAGCUUGGAGGCGGCGCUGCUGGCGCUGGAGGCGUCGGAGGAGGCGCGGUCCCGGCAGAUGAGGUGUACGCCGAGGGCACGCCGCUCGAGCAGCAGAUGGUGACCAUCACCGCGCCCGACGGCUCCAAGAAGAAGGUGUCCAAGGCAGAGAUUGCAGAGCAGCUGAGCCAGAGCGAGAAGCUGCUGUCCGACCUCAACCAGACCUGGGAGCAGAAGAUGACCAAGACCGAGGAGAUCCACAAGGAGCGGGAGGCCGCCCUGGAGGAGCUCGGCAUCAGCAUCGAGAAGGGCUUCAUCGGCCUGAGCACGCCCAAGAAGAUGCCCCAUCUGGUCAACCUGUCGGACGACCCGCUCCUUGCAGAAUGUCUCGUCUACAAUCUGAAACCUGGUACCACAACUGUCGGCAACGUGGAGGAGUCGGAGACGAACGCGGACAGCCACCUGGGCAUCAAGCUGAAGGGGACACGCAUCCUGCCAGAGCACUGCUCCUUUGAGAACAACGCUGCAGACGGCACCGUGACACUGAUACCAGCAGAAGGCGCCGCUGUUAUGAUCAACGGCAAGCGGAUUACGGAGCCACAGCAGCUGCAUUCGGGCUACCGUGUGAUCCUGGGCGACUUCCAUAUCUUCCGAUUCAAUCACCCCAUGGAGGCCCAGGCCGAGCGGGCAGAGAGGACGGAGACGCAGAGGCAUAGUCUGCUACGCCAAUCCGUCACGGCCAGCCAGCUGCAGGCCCUCGAUCGUGAGAGGACCACAUCGCCGACGCCGAGCCCGAGGCUUGCAAGCCACGAGCGGAGCUACAGCAAGGGUGGUGGUGGUGGCUCAGAGGUCGGCAGCGGCAGCGGUGGCGACAGCCGACCAGAGUCGCCAGCACCUCGUGGUCGGGACUCGGACUGGUCCUUUGCGCGCAGGGAAGCUGCAGGCGCUAUCCUUGGCUCCGACCAGAACUUCACCAAGUUGACAGACGAGGAGCUCAACGCUCUCUUCGAGGAGGUGCAGCGGGCCCGAGCGGAGCGUGUCGUCGUAGGCAAGGAAGGGGACGAAGACAUGGACUCUGUGAACUCGUACCCCGUGCGAGAGAAGUACAUGUCGACCGGCACCAUCGACAACUUCUCGCUGGACACGGCGCUCACCAUCCCCUCGACGCCCAAGCAGGCCGACUCGGAUGACAAGAUGAUGCGUGACGCUCGUGAGGAGAUGCAGGCCCAGCUGGACAGGCAGAGGGAGGAGUUCCAGGACCAGCUGAGGACGGCCGGCGCCGCCAACGUGGAGGUCGAGGAGGUCAGAAAAGAGAAGGCGCAGAUGGAAGAGACGCUGAAGAAGAUGAAGGAGGAUAUGCAGAAACAGCUCGAGGUCCAGAAGCGCGAGUUCGAGGCCAAGAUAGAGAAGCUCGACCCGCUCAAGAGGCCCAAGGCGAACCCGAAGCUGUCCGAGGCGGAGAUGGCGCUGGGCAGACGUGUGGUCCAGCACUGGCGCGGCCGGCGGUACGUGCAGAUGGCCGAAUCGGUCCUGCAGCACGCAGCGACGCUGAAGGAGGCCCAGAUCAUGAGCCAGGAGCUGGACGAGAGCGUCGUCUUCCAGUUCUGUGUCGUGGACGCGGGCCACACGCUCAUCUCCUCGUACGACAUGAUCCUGACAGGUGGUGAAGGGGACGAUUUUGCGCUAGAGCAGGCCAUCAAGCCGUGCAUCGGCGUUCGGGUGGUGGAUUACAAGCACAACGUCGUGCACCUCUGGAGCCUGCACAAGUUGCAUGACCGUGUGCGCCAGAUGCGCCAGAUGCACCAGUACCUGGACCAGCCGGAGUACGCACAACAUCUGAGCCUGGACAAUCCCUUCCUCGAGACGUGCAUGCCCCAGUACACACUCGUUGGCGAGGCAGACGUCCCUCUCAAGGCUGUCUUCGAGAGCCGGGUGCAGGAUUUCCACCUCGACGUGCUGUCACCGCACACGUCGCAUGCGAUUGGCAUCAUCAGGCUGUCGCUGGAGCCCUCUGCUGCAAGGGCGCCGUCCAACUCGAUCAAGUUUAACGUGGUCAUGCACGAGAUGGUCGGGUUUGCCGAGCGAGAAGGCACAGAGGUGCAUGCGCAGCUCUUUAUCCCGGGCAUCUCGGAAGAGGAUGGCAUCACCACCACCCAGAUGGUCAAAGAUUUCGACGAAGAGCCGCUACGGUUCGAGAGCGUGCACUGCAUGAACGUGCCCCUCUUUGCACCGUCAGAUGUCGUCUUGCGGGUCGCCAUCUUCGCAAGGGUGUCGUCCAUGCAUCUGGAUAAGCUCCUCAGCUGGGACGACAUGCGAGAUGCGGUGCCGACCUCGAGAAGCCAGCCCAAGUCGGCCCGGAUCAAUGAGUCACACUUCUACACGGAAGAAAAGCACGACCUGCUGUCGCGGGUGCAGAUCCUCGAGAUGGACGAGAAUGGCGAGUAUGUACCUGUAGAGGUGGCGCAGACGAGCGAGCUGGACCACGGGACUUUCCAGCUGCACCAGGGCCUCCAGAGACGGAUCACCAUCAACCUGACGCACAGCUCGGGCGAUAUGCUGCCAUGGGACGAUGUUGUGUCGAUACGUGUUGGCAAGAUCCAGCUGGUCGAUGCUGCAGGAAAGAAUCCCGACAUGGGGUCCAUCUCUCCCAACAUUGCGCUCAAGCUCGCCUCGGACCCUGUCUUUCGAAACAACGCCAAUGGCACCCGCAGCAUCACCAUCACUGGCCAGUGGGACUCUAGCCUGCACAACUCACUCCUACUCGACCGCACAACAGGAGACAAGUACCGCGUCCAGAUGACCAUCUCUUGGGAAAUCGCGUCCCAGAAGCUGGCUGAGCCUAUGCGCUUCUCCAUGAACGUCUUUUGCCAGAUCCUGUCCCGCUCCUUUGUCCGGCAGACCUCCAUGUUCUCGGCGCUCUGGCAGCAGGUCCGCUUCGUCCACUCCAGCACGGCCAUCUAUACCCUCAAGAUGAGGCCCGCGCCCAUCAAGCGCGUUGGCGACCUGUGGCGGAUGAACAGCCUGCACGACUACGUCAAGGGCGAGGAGAACCUGACCACAUGGACCCCGCGUGGUGUGUCUCUGAUUAGCGACUACAUUGGCUCCCGCAAGAAGCGCAGGCGGAUCGCCGAAAUUGGGGCGAUGCAAAACUUUCUGAAGAAGAUCGGGCUGCCCGAGCCACGGGUGCAUCUCAACGGAGCCGGUGGACAUGGUGACGAUGAGGAUAUCGUGCCUCCUAGGUCACGAGGGGAUGGUGAUGAUGAUGAUGAUGAUGAUGUCGACUCGAUCGACGAGCUGUUGGUGGAGACGCCGGACGUUUCGCAGGUGCUGGACUUUGAGACCGGCGCGGAACCGGCAGUUGGCGAUGGUGCUGAGCAGAAGCAGCAGCAGCAGCAGGUCAGCGGAGAGGAGUCUCAAGAUGCAAAGGCAAAGGACGACAACGACUCGUCACCACGAGCCGAAGGGGACCAGCUCAAUGGUGCACAGCGAGAAGAACAACAGGACGAGGUGACGGAGGAGCCACAGCCAUCGGAACCUCGUCCUCCCAAGUCCGAGUUCUCUGAGCAUGAAACCUACAUCCUGGAGAGGUGCCUGAAACUGUGGAAGAGCUACCCUGACCCCCUCACCCAGAUUCUCAGCGAGGACAACACCAAGCCUCCGGCGAGCGGCGACCCCCACACGCCCGCACCGCCUGAGCUCGUGGCGACCAUCAUCCGCGUGCCCAAGAACCCCACCAUGCUCAAGGGCGGGUACCUGCUGGUGCCAAGCAGCGACUCGACACGCUGGAUCAAGCGCUUUGUCGAGCUGCGGCGACCGUACCUCCACAUACACAACGUCACCGACGGAGAAGAGGUGGCGAUCGUCAGCCUGCGCAACUCGCGUGUCGACAGCCAGCCUGGCAUCCUCGGCCUGUUGAACGGCAACGACGACGACGACGAAAACGGCAGCCUGGACCUGAACAAUGCCCUGGACGCAUCGCCCCAGCAGGUACGCUCGCCUGUGCGCAACGAACAGACACACCGCCGGACUGCCUCGGGCCGCAUCUCCACCAUAUGGACGGGCAACGUCGGCCCCACGACACCCAGCAGCAGCAACAACAACAGCAACGGCGUGACGUCGGGGCUGGCGAAGCUGUCGAGCAGGCUGCAGGCGGCCGUGUUUGCAAUCUACGGGACGGACAACACGUGGCUGUUUGCGGCGCGGUCGGAGCGCGACAAGCUGGACUGGAUCUUCAAGAUCGACCAGAGCUACUUCUCCUCGAGCGCGAGCGCGAGUGCGGAUGGUAGUAGGGCGGAGAGCCCGAGUUUGGGCGGUGGUUAUUGA